CGCUCGUUCUCACGAGAAUGUCUCGGUUGUUAGUGAAAACAACAUGGCGGCUUACACGGCAUCCAGAGCCAGCUAUGUUGGGGAAACGACGAAACUACUGCGAGAUGGAUUUGGAGUCUACGUGUAUGAAAAUCAGUUCUUCAGAUAUGAAGGCCAGUGGCAGAGAGGGAAGAAACAUGGUCAUGGUAGGCUGGUGAUGAAAGACGGCACCUUCUACGAGGGUCUGUUUGAGAAUGGUGAGAUUCAAGGCCAUGGCUACAAGUACUUCGCUACAUCGGGAUGCAAGUACACUGGUCAGUUCCAGCGAGGGGAGCUUCAUGGCUAUGGGAUCAUGCAGUACAAAGAUGGCACCAUGUUCGAAGGGGAGUGGGCACACAACAGAAAACAAGGCUUUGGUGUACUCAAGACCGGGGAAAACUCCACGUACGAGGGAGACUUUGUAGGCAGCAUGCGGCAUGGAGACGGCACGAUGAUUUACGACGGUGUUUACAAAGCGAGUAACGGUGAUAGGUACGACGGCAACUGGGUGAUGGACAAGAGACAAGGUCAAGGACAUCUCAUCUGUCGAGAUGGUACAGAGUAUGAGGGUCAGUGGCUAAAUGACAUGUUCCAUGGUGAGGGCAAGAUGACACAUGCAUCCGGCAUCAUCUACGAAGGUCAGUGGGUCAACGGCUACCCAGUGGAGAUGACCACAAAGAUGGCAAUCGUCAUGGACACAGAAUCACUGGAACUCACCCAAGGUCAGACAUUCUCGGUCAAGGUGGAAUGUCACAACGACCUGGGUGAGGUCAUUCAAGAUCAAGGGAGAGAACUGCUGGUAUCAGCUGGCUUCAAGUACUACCCCACCAAGGAGGGCUCGGCACUGUUUGACAUGAUAGAGCAGGUGGAGGAGAAACCUAUUGAAACACCUUUUGGCUACUCUAUCGUGCCCUACCCACUGACUGACCACAUGAACACAGACGGGGAGAAGGAAGCGGAGGGGGAGAAGAAGGAGGAGGGGGGUGAGGUCAAGGCCACACCUGAACUAGAGGCUCCACCCAAGGGAGAUCAAGGAGAGGAGGAACAGGAACAAGACGAGGAAGGAGGAGAAGAGAAGGGGGAGAAGGAGGCAGCUAAAGAGGGAGGAGGAGAAGAAAAGGGGGAGAAGGAGGCAGCUAAAGAGGAAGGGGAGAAGAGCAGAGUUAUGUCUCCAACACAAGAAGCAGCACAGGACCUUGUCACAGAACCAACCACAGAGGACUGUGCACCUCUACCUACAGAAACCACGCCUCUUCCUCCCCCUGUAGCCAAUCAGAGGACAGUGGAUGGAACUUGUGAGUGGAGCUGCCUCCAGCUGGCCCCGCCCCCUCCAAUGUACCGCCCAUUCCUGGCCAUGGAGGAGGAGGCAGGACAGAAGAAGAGCAAGUCCAAGAAGUUGGGCCAAUCAAAGGACAAGAGCCUGGAUAAGCUAGAUGGUAAACAUUCCAGAAAAGACGGCAGGGAUAAAACAAGUUCGGAAAAUAUUAUGGAUGAGAAAUUUGCUCGACCAGGAGAUUAUGUCAUAAUGGUUCAAGACGUCACCAACCCAGUAUUUCUCCGUGGUCCACUCCCGCCAGCAUUCAUGCUCAUCACACUCCAGAAACCUAAACUAAAGAAAAAAGACUCAAAACCAAACUCACCGGAAAAGGAACGUGAAAGAUGGGACACAAAGAAGCAUAUUGCCAACAUGCAGCGGUAUGGCCACUGACAUCUCCACAACUUCCCGAACCUGUAGCCAAUGUGACCUUGAUUAGAAAACUCAACAUACACUUGUUGUUCAUUAUUUUAGCUCACCUGACUUAAAGUCAAGUGGUUAAACGUCUCACUCACAUUCAUAUUUAUACAUAUUUAUGUAUAUUUGUGUAUAUUUGUGUAUAUUUAAGAAUUUAUAUUUCAUCAUUUAUGAUGUCUGUUUUAUACCAUGAUUGUGUAAAGCAUCUAGAACUUUAGGGUUGGGCAUAUUCUCCCUGGUAUUUGUCUGAGAAACAUCAUUUUAUUGCUCAUGUAACUCAUGAUGUAAUAUCAUUAUAUAUAAUGCAAUGUUGACAUGGAAAUGCUAGAUACAAAAACAAGUGACCCUGAUUCUCCACAUGAUGGUGUGUGCCCAGCACCAUCAGUAAUGACAGAUAGUAUAGCACUGUUCUUAUCAUGAGUCAUUUUAUCAUCAGGUAGUUAAUGUUUUAAAUGUAUUUAUAUAUUGAUUCAUGGUAAAAUACAGAUCUUGUGGGUGCACAGGUGGAGCUUCUGUGCAGCCAGAUGAAAUAGAACAGAUGUUUUCCCAUUGGUCCAUUUACAUGUGUGAAUGGUGUUAGGUGAUGGUGAAUGUUGAUCACAUCUCGUGGAGCAAUUGGGUAAAGCUUCUAUGCAAGUAUCACGAAUAUAUUCCUGAGCUCAUGUUUAAGACAUGUUUGAGAUAAAGAUGUACACAAUGUCCAAUUUUACAGAUUUUUGUACAAAACUACUUUUGAGUUCUUUUGAAUGAGUAAAAUAAAUUAUUACAAAAAAUGUUUAGUUAUUCAACCACACAAAUCUUUGUUCCUUCGACCCGUGGGGACAAAGCC